CGGAAAUCAAAGACCGUCCAAGAUGGAAGUCAAAGCGAUAUUUCUGAUAGCGGUGGUAGCGGCGGUGGCGGCACAGGAGCCUGCCUCAAGCUGUGUACCCGCUGCGUGUCAACUGCCCAACUGUAGGUGCGCCAGCACUGAGAUACCUGGAGGUCUGGAGCCCAGGGACACGCCACAGUUCAUCACAGUCACCUUCGACGAUGCCGUUACUGUCCAAAACAUCCAAACCUACCGCGAAGUCCUUUACAACCGUAAGAACAGAAACAACUGCCAAAUUGGAAGCACAUUCUACAUCAGUCACGAAUACACUGACUACUCGAUCGUCAAUGAACUCUACAACGAAGGAUUCGAAGUGGCCCUUCACUCAAUUUCCCACAAAAGCCCUCCGUCUUACUGGGCUACAGCUUCCUACGAAGAAGUCAGCCAGGAGUUUGGUGACCAGAAGAAACAAAUGGCUGCUUUCGCUAACAUCCCCGAGUCUGCUAUCAAAGGAAUGCGUAUGCCGUUCCUUCAGAUGACCGGAAACACCCACUUCAGCGUCAUGGCUGAUGCUGGUCUUGAGUACGACAGCAGCUGGGGUGCUACCAACAGCAUCAACCCUGGUUUGUGGCCAUACACCCUGGACUACGCUUCUCCUCAAGAGUGCAACAUCGGUCCAUGCCCUAACGCCACUUUCCCCGGUCUCUGGGUAUCACCUAUGCUCGCUUGGAUUGAUAACGAUGGUUACACUUGCACAAUGGUGGAUUCUUGUUUCUCCAAGCCUGGCCCUAACGACGAAGAUGCUUGGGUCGAAUUCUACAUUCGCAACUUCGAAAGGCACUACAAUGGCAACCGUGCUCCCUUCGGUUAUUACAUCCACGAAGCUCACUUCACGUCGCAUCCUGCUUCCAAGACCGCGCUCGCCAGAUUCUUGGACACUGUCACUCAGCUGUACGAUGUAUUUGUGGUGAACGAACACGAUGUCAUCGAAUGGGUGAAGAAUCCAAUCCCAGUUGACGAGUACCUGAAGAAAGACUGUAAAUUCACCCUGCGCAGGCAGUGCCAGUCAAGAGCUUGCGGACCUUACUUCCCCACUCACAACCAAUUCAACCAAGAAUACAGGCUGCAGCUGUGUAGCGCCUGCCCUGCCACCUACCCUUGGACCGGCAACCAUCUUGGCACUAAUUAAACUGUAGUGAAUUUAAAUUCAAAUGUUUCUUCGUUAUCUAAAAAUAAAUUAUUGCUGAAAGAUAACCAUAUAAUGGCAUUUUUAUCAGUGAUACUUAGAUUAGUAGAGUUAUAUGUAAUAAAGUUUUGAUCGAUUUACUUA